AUGAACUCUAUCAGAUCAGCCGGCCACUGGAUCUCCAACAAGACAAAGGGCGGCGCUCACUCCGCCAGCAAGGAGACAAACAAGUCAAUCGCCAAGGAUCCCAAUGUCCGGACGUCUACUCGCCUGCGAGCCGCUGGUAAUGCCAUGAAGGAUAAAGUGCACGAGACGAAUUACAAUCGACAGGCAGAUGUGCACAGGCAUGCGGCAAAACACAACUACUGA